GGAAGCCAAAUAGAGUCCAGAAGCUGCAGUACACAGAGGACAGCCGAAGAAAGACAGUAGAUCCCAAAAGGGGACCUUUUCUGUGGAAACAAGAAAGGAGGGGCUCAAACACACAAGAUCUUCCAGAUCUAUAUACACUGUCUACAGAGAAACAACAGAGUGUCAGCUAAGAAACCUCCUCCUCAGCUUUGCUGCAAAAGCCAUGGGCUGCUGGAAGAAUACGAAAAGCAACACCUGGACUUUUCCCACCCUGAUCCUCUGCCUCUACGGAUUCUUCUACAUGAUGAAGCCAUCAGAACCUUUUCUAACCCCUUACCUAACUGGACCAGAUAAAAACCUGACAAUUGAUGAGGUUACCAACCAGGUUUUCCCAGUUUGGACAUAUUCCUACCUGGCACUCCUCGUCCCGGUCUUCCUGAUUACUGACUACCUGCGCUACAAGCCCAUCCUCCUCCUCCAGGGCAUCAGCUUCAUUGUCACGUGGCUCCUGCUCCUCUUUGCACAUGGGCUGGUGGCCAUGCAGCUGGUGGAAUUCUUCUACGGGAUGGUGACAGCCACCGAGGUUGCCUACUACGCCUACAUCUACAGUGUCGUCAGCGCUGAUCACUAUCAGAGAGUGACGAGCUAUUGCAGGAGUAUCACUCUUGUUGCAGCCACCCUUGCUGCUGUGCUGGGACAGCUCCUGGUUUCCUUAGCAGACGUAUCCUACUUUCACCUCAAUGCCAUUACUCUGGCCUCCGUGUCCCUGGCCUUUGUGUGCUCCUUUCUCCUGCCCAUGCCUCAAAAGAGCAUGUUCUUCCACAGAAAAGGCGUCUCAGAAACACUCCCACAACCAGACAAAGCUGGGGCUGGGCUCAGUUCCAACACGUCAUCCAGCUGCCAACAGGACAAGGACUGCGCACCUGCUGACACAGGACCCACUCCAGCACAGCAGGCUCAGCAGCCUGAGCCCCAGCACCACGUGCUGAGAGUGCUGGUGCAGCUGGGCAAGGACCUGAAGGAUUGCUACAGCUCUAGGAAGCUUCUUUACUGGUCCCUGUGGUGGGCUUUGGCUACGGCAGGCUUUAACCAGGUUGUGAACUACAUCCAAGUGCUGUGGGACUUCCGAGCCCCAUCCCACAGCUCUGCAGUGUACAAUGGAGCUGUUGAAGCAGUGGCAACAUUCCUGAGCUCAGUAACAUCUUUCACGGUAGCAUAUGUGAAAAUGAACUGGGACCUAUUUGGAGAACUGGCAUUAGGAAUCUUCUCCACAAUGGAUGCUGUUUCUUUAUUUCUCAUGCACUUUACUACCAAUAUCUGGCUGUGCUAUGCCAGCUACCUAAUUUUCAAGGCAAGCUAUAUGCUCCUUAUAACAAUAGCAACGUUCCAGAUCGCAGUUAACCUGAGCAUGGAGCGCUAUGCUUUGAUGUUUGGGCUGAACAACUUCACUGCACUGGUGAUUCAGACCAUCCUUACAGUAGUUGCUGUGGACUCAAAAGGCCUGGGACUGGACAUCGUGACUCAGUUUUUAAUUUAUGGCAGCUACUUCUCAGUCAUAGCUGGGAUUUUCUUGAUCAGAAGCAUUUGCAUGCUUGUCUCAAGAAAAUGCAACAGGAAAACGGUGAGAUUUUGGAAAGAGCCUCAGAACCUCAAUGAACACAAAUCGAAAGAGCAGACUGCAACCGGCUGUGAGACGAGGCUGUAA